AUGGGCGCGACAAGACACAUACCGACCGCUUUAGUCCUCCUCCUAAUACUCCUUACACUGCAGCCGCCCCCCGCUACUCGCGGGCAGACAUUCAACGACAUUCGUUACAAGGGCGUGGGGUUACAGACAUGCGUACCUUCCGCGAGAGUUCGCUGCAACCGGCCGUGCAACUCGACGGCGGGGACGGACGGCCGGUAUCUGGUGCCCAUCCGACCCAGCCCGGUGUGCGCAGGCUGCGGCAUGUGCGUCAUCUACCCCGCGGCGGCGGCUGCGCCCGCGUGCGCCACGGCCAACAUCACGGUCAAGAAAGUCGUUCGCUUGAACGCCAAUGUCUCCACUGUCGGCACCCCCUGCGGCAGCACCAAAAACGACCCGCACUUCCGCGGCGCGCACGGCACGCGGUUCGAGUUCAACGGCGCGCCGGAGAAGUCGUACUGCCUGCUGACGGACUCGAGCCUGCACGUGAACAUGAAGAUGCGGGGGUACUACGACACGCGCACCAUCGGCGCGUCUCUGCUGCGCAACGGGCUGGCCGUGCGCACGUGGAUCCGCGAGCUGGGGGUCGUCUGGCGGGAGCCUUUCGCGGAGGGCGCGCGGAUGGCGGAAGCCGCAGGGGGGGCGGAGGCGGCGGAAGGAGAAGACGAAGCGAAAGAAGAGGCGGAAGGGGAACGGGAAGGCGGAAACGGGGUAGCGGAGUUGCCUGUGGGAGGUCUACGGCGGAAGCACACGCUGCGGCUGGUGGCGAGGGACGGGAAGGGGCAGGGGCGGACGGAGGGCGGGCGACUCUUACGACUCGUGGAGCUAGAUGGAAAGGCGAUGCCGGAAUUAGAAGUAAGUCGAGGGGGCAGUGUGCAAGUGGCCGGGGAUAGGGGGGCGAGAAGAAGGGGAAAGGGGGGUGUGGGAAUGGGAUGCUUGGGGAGGAGUGGUAAAGCGUUAGAAGAAUUCGACUGUUGUGGGCGGUAG